AUGCUGUUCAAGCUAUUCAUGCGCACGCUGUGGUCUCAGCAAUUAGCUUGGGACACUGAGGUUCCAGCCUCACUUCGAGCUCAUUGGGAGCUGAUUACCGCUGAAAUUUCCCGUUUGGACAAUGUUGUAAUCCCGCGUUUACUUGCCUGUAACCGCUCUACUACCCGGCUGCUUGGAUUCGCCGAUGCCUCCGAAAAGGGGUUUGCUGCUUGUAUAUAUAUUCAUGAAGAGACUGAAAAUAGAUAUGUUAACUGCCGUCUCAUAGCCACCAAAAGUCAUGUCGCCCCGCUGAAAACUAUGACAAUUCCACGCCUGGAAUUGAUGGGUUGUUUGCUGCUUGCUCGUUUACUAUCCGCCAUCUUACCUACACUGUCCGAAUAUGAUUUACAAGAAAUUCGACUCUACACCGAUUCCAAGACUGCCUUGGAUUGGAUCAACACACCCACAUACAAAUUGCAGAUUUUUGUUGCCAACAGAGUACAGCAAAUUACUCAGUUAACAAAACUUGAGUCAUGGCAUCACGUUACUUCUGCUAACAACUGUGCAGAUAUUGCUUCGAGAGGCUUGACUCCCGCUGAAAUCGUCUCCUGCCAUGAUUGGUGGCACACUACCAAUGCGUUUCGUUGUCUCGCCACUGACUUUCCCAUGUCCAAUCAUCUUGUUUCCAACAUUGUACCUGAGAUGAAAACUAACCCGCUGUACAUUCUCGCUACUGUUGAAGAACCAAUUGAGAAUCGUUUGUAUACCGCUAUAGAACGUGUAUCCAAAUUUGGAAAGCUAUGUCGUAUUUUUGUCUACAUACUAAGAUUUGUCAACCGCAUCAAACCAGCCCGUUAUGAAUAUCGCUGCAAAAUAGUCAAACAGAUUGAAACCUGUGAAACGCCUGCCUCAAUUGACACCACCGCCUGUGAAGCUGAAAUAGCUAGAAAACUCAUUGUUCAUGUUGUGCAACGGGAUAAAUUUCAGAAGGAAAUAACAGAGUUGAAAGCUGGAAAAUGUCCUAAGCAUCUACUAACGUUGCAACCGUACAUUGAUGAUUACGAUUUGAUACGCUUAUCUGGUCGUCUUGAGCACGCUCCGAUUUCUAGUGAAGCUAGAAAUCCAUUAUUGCUGCCGAAAAAUGAGCAUGUAUCCUCACUCAUCAUUCGACACAUACAUCUUCAAAAUUGUCAUGCCGGUCCCCGCACCACACAAGCAGCUGUUUGCCAACAGUAUUGGAUAAUCUCUGCCCGCAAUCAAGUUCGCCGCAUAAUACAUCAAUGUGUCAUUUGUAACCGCUUUUGCCGCACCAACCUACAGCAACGUAUGGCCCUGCUACCUGCUGAACAAGUCACCGCCAAUAGACCAUUCAAUUUAACUGGCUUGGACUUUGCUGGUCCUUUCUCAUGCAAAACAUCUUUAUUGAAACGCACACAAACAACAAAAGGUUAUCUGUGCAUAUUUGUAUGUUUGACCACCAAAGCUACUCAUCUAGAGUUCCUGUCCUCGAUGUCUGUCAACAACUUCAUCGCUGCUCUACACCGAUUUAUUGCCCGCAGAGGUGCGCCGCACACUCUGUUUUCAGACAACGCUAAGACUUUCACAUCUGCCGCAAGAAAAAUGUAUGAGUUAGAAAAACUCUUGAAGACGAUGCCCUCUGAAGUGAAGUGCUUUCUGUCUAACUACGGCAUAAACUGGAAGUUCAUUCCCCCUUAUGCUCCGCAUCAAGGAGGCAUAUGGGAAGCCGCCGUCAAAUCCGCCAAAACACUGCUACACCGCUGUAUUGGGGACACAGCUCUUACAUACGAAGAGUAUGACACCAUUUUCGUUGGAAUUGAAAGUAUUCUAAAUAGUCGACCGCUUACAGAAUUGUCCUCUGAACCUGCUGAAGCUGCCUCCGUGCUCACUCCCGGGCACUUCCUAAUUGGUAGACCUCUUACUGCACCACCGCAACCCAUAGAGACGAAGGAACUAUUGGUCGCACGCCGCUGGAGACUUACAAACCAAAUGACCCAAUAUUUCUGGAAUCGCUGGUCCAAGGAGUACCUAUGCACCUUGAUCAAUCGCACAAAAUGGAAAACCGCUGAAAGAAACUUGCAACUUAACAAUUUGGUCAUAAUCAAAUCUGUCAACACCUCUCCUCUCAGCUGGCCGUUAGGCAGGAUUAUUGCGCUACACCCUGGUAAAGAUGGACUAGUACGUGUAGUCACUAUCAAAUGCGCAUCUGGGAACAUUGUUCGAGACAUACGCAAAGUUCACCGCAUCAUUUGA